AAAUGAUGGAUAUGAAUAGAGAAUUUAGAUAUGUUCCGAAGCUGAAAGAGUCUGAAAACCCGCAACAUUUUUUUCAGUACGGAAGACCUUUGUGGGGUGCACUACUAUCACCUUCUGAUAAAGUUGAAGGAUUCAAACCGGAACGUAUUAUAGAAUUAGCCGUAGACAAGCUUAUUGGUGGCAAGUCUUUCAUUCAUUGGAAAAAACAAUCCCAAAACAACAUUAGUAUUACUGAAACUUUAGCUAUUUUUGGGCCCCGUUUAUGCAUUGACAUAGUGCCACAAUCUAGAUACGCAUCUCAUUUGGUAGCAGGCUAUAUGCACCUUUGUCUUAAUAUUUCAGAUGAUCGUGAAUACGUUGUUACGUCGAUGCCUACUGAACCCGUGCUGGCAGAGGCUAGUGCUCGAAUAAUGAAUGAUCCAACUGUCCAUCUCACAGAACUUAUUAAUCAGCUCUCUUCAGCGCUCAAGAAAGGUGUAGUAGAAGCCGGUUAUCGUGGAGAACUUACUGCCAGACUAUUGCUUCUUAAAGCCUGGGAUAAUUGCAUUCAAAAGAAACAUCCAGGCGAUGAUUACCCACUCUCUGCAACAGCAAAGCUGUCACCAUCAUAUAUAGACAUUGAGGAACUUCCGCAUAUGCCGUUUUUGUCGUUGUAUUUGCAAUUAGGCGCAACAGGAGAGUUUGUUGACGUCCCAACAGAGUUUAUUCAAACACGUCAAGUCAAGUUAUGUAAACGUAAAAUCGAAGGAGUGUUGGAAGAUUAUCAAGCAAGUGAUACCGAAACGAGAAGUGAAUUUGUCAAGAAGAUUAGAAUCGACGGCGAUAAGGAUAUCUCAAAUGCCGAAGUUACAGCGUUCAGGGAGCAUUUUCAGACGCCACUUGCAUUAUUUGGAUUAUCUCCGAACAUCUACAGUUGUUUAGAGCACUCUACACCAGUUUCUGCAACCUCACCACCAACUAUCGCUAAUGAUCUUGCAAAUAACUUUAAACAAUUGUUGACUGCUUGGGUUGACCCUACAUUAGGGGAACAUCCAGAAGAAAUGACAAUAAUUAAAC